GUGGACCAAACCCAAUUCGCUCCGAAAUGUGAAACGGCCCAAAGGGCAGCCACCCCAACCACCAAAACCCCUCUUCAACUUCCCAGUUCUUGCACAGCUUAAACCCACCUCACUGGUAAAAUCUCCAAGAGCGACAAAUGGGUUGGAAGGCAGCACAAAAACUAAUCCAUCACUGGAAGAUCCUUAGAGGCGAUAAUGUUAUGAUAAUGAGGGGCAAAGAUAAAGGCGAGACUGGUUCCAUCAAGCGAGUAAUUCGUUCCCAAAAUCGUGUUAUCGUCGAAGGAAUGAACUUGGUGAAGAAGCACAUCAAGCAAGGGCAAGGUCAUGAAGGUGGGAUUUUUUCUGUUGAAGCUCCGCUUCAUGUAUCAAAUGUUCAGGUUAUAGAUCCAAUCACAGGGAAGCCCUGCAAGGUUGGAAUCAAAUACUUGGAGGACGGUAGCAAAGUACGAGUAUCCAGAGGUAUUGGGGCCUCAGGAUCGAUAAUUCCUCGUCCAGAGAUAUUGAAGAUAAGGGGCACUCCUCGACCAACCAUUGUUGGCCCGAAAGACACUCCAAUGGAACUGGUCAUGGAGAAGACUUAUGAUGCUAAAACUGGCAGGGGAAUGCCUGAUCUUUAAUCGUCAUAUGGAAGUUCUAGUUGUUGUAGGUUAACAAUUUCCCUUUAUAGCAGUUCCUAUAGCUGUUGUGUCUUGGAGCACUUCUCUUGUGCAUUGCCUUUCUACUUGGAUUACUGGAAGAGUGAUUUUCUAUCCGAGUUUAUGAAAUAUUUAAUUUCCAACUCCAAUUAACACUUUCGAAGUGGCUUGAAAUGAGCAAAAAAAAAGUGAAAUUGUGAUAGAAAAGAUGUACAAUUUGUUUGGUACGUUAAUUUUAUUCAGCUGCUGUGGUAUCAAGUUGUCUUCUUUCUCAAUCCCUA